AUGCGAGUUAAAUAUACGGACGUGGACUACCGAGUUUUCUCUGACGCAGCGCGAUUCGUCACACUGGGAGAAAGUCCAUAUAAACGACCAACUUACCGAUAUACUCCUCUCCUUGCUUACUUGCUGACGCCAAACAUAUACAUUCACAAGUCAUUUGGUAAAAUCGUGUUUGCACUAGCGGACAUUGUUGUGGGAGUUCUGAUACAUAAAAUACUUUGUCUAAGAGGUUUAGAAAAACAAAAGGCGGUGAAUCAUUCCGCGUUAUGGCUUCUGAAUCCGGUUGUAGCGAAUAUUUCAACGCGUGGAAACGCGGAGUCUUUACUGGGAGCAAUGGUCUUGUUAACUUUGUAUUGGAUUCUAGUAAAAAAAUUAUCCUUGGCGAGCAUCUUAUAUGGAUUCUCUGUUCAUUUUAAAAUAUACCCAAUUAUUUACGCGCUCCCGUUACUGAUCCUCUUGGACGAUGAAGAUUACAAAGGACUGAGAAGAAAGGGUAAAGAGAGAGAAUAUGAUAUAAAUUCAUGGAGAUAUUGGUAUUGUAAGAUUUUGAGAUUUGUAACACCGAUGCGAAUCAGAUUUGCGUUGUUAAGCGGAGGAGUCUUUUUCUUGUUGAACGGGAUGAUGUAUUAUACGUAUCGACAAGAGUUCAUUGACGAAACUUAUCUCCACCAUUUGACGCGUAAAGAUCCUCGGCACAAUUUUUCCAUAUGGUUCUACUACAUCUAUCUCACAUUCAACAUCUCGAAGGGCUCGCUUUUAGGUCUACUCCCUUUUCUACCGCAGGUCGGCGUAGUCUCUUUGUUAGGGAUCGUAUUUGGCAAGGACAUAUUCUUCGCCUGUUUCAUUCAGACUUUUGCAUUCGUGAUGUACAAUAAAGUUUGCACUUCCCAGUACUUUAUGUGGUACAUCUGUUUAUUCCCCCUCGUUGUUCAAUCCACGAAAAUCAAUCUUAAAUAUAAAGGAUUGUUGAUGUUCAUUGCGUGGCUCGGUGGUCAGGCAAUCUGGCUUUAUCAGGCUUACCAAGUCGAAUUCCUAGGAGAGAAUACAUUUCUGAGGAUUUGGAUAGCAAGCAUAAUGUUCUUCUUGGUCAAUUUGUGGAUAUUAACAGAAUUUGUGAGGCAUCAUGAUUAUGAUAGGUGUUUCGAGUUGGGUAAGAUUAAGAGGGUCUCGGAAGACGCCAACAGAGUCGUGCCGAAAGAUGAUUGA